AUUUCCCUAGUGAGUCUGAUUUUCCUAUUGGAAAAAAUAGAGAUGAAGGCAAAGGAUAUCAGUUUCUACGCUGGAUCACUGAAUGGGGAGAAGAUUUUUGCGUAAAACAGAAGAAACAAUAUAAGGAAUUGGAGGAUAAGUGUAAACAAUGUACUGGUGGCACACCAACAUGUAACGGAAACUGUACAGAGUGCCAAAACCAAUGUACAAAAUAUCAAGAAUUUAUUAAAAAAUGGAAACCUCAAUAUGAAAAACAAAAAAGCAAAUUUGAGACAGACAAAACAGGAGGAAAGUACGAUAAUGAUAAUGAUGCAAAAGUGUCAAAUACUGCAAGAGAUUUUUUGAACAAAAA